UUGCUCAAGGGCCCAACAGGGGCAGCUUGGCGGUGCUGGGGCAUGAACCCUCGACCUUCCGAUCAGUAACCCAGAGCCUUAACUGCUCUGGUUUUAAUUUCAUUCAAUCAUUCAUUCAUCUUCAGGGUCACAACAGAUGCAAAACCUUUCCCAGGGAAAUAGGAAUUCACAGUGGAAUCCACACUCAUUCGCACCUGAGGGAAAUUUAGACUUUCUAAUUUUUUCACUGAAAGCCAUGAUUUUGGGAGGUGGAAGGAAACCAGAGAAUAUGGAGGAAACCCACACAGACACGAGGAGAACAUGUGAAACGAAACCCCACCCGAUCUCAGGAUCAAAAACCUGGAGCUGUCAAGCGGCAAGGUUAGCCCACCUGCUGCACUAUUUAUUUAUUUAUUUAUUUAUUUAUUUAUUUAUUUUGAAAUGAAAUGGUUGGAGUGGAUUUGCUCUUUGAUCGGAGCUAUUAAUGCGCAUGAGGUGCGCAUGCGCUGUUUGCACGAGCUGUCAGUCUCCUUUAAGAUGAUGUAAGGCUUCACUCCCUGAGAACGGUCUCCCCUCCCUGCACUGCUGUAGCAACAUCAUCAUCCAUCCAGUCCCCGGGGCGCGCGCACUGAUCAUACACAGUCGACUGAGCUCAACUUCUAACUGCACCCUCCAACACACACACACACACACACACGCACACACGGACUCAUUUCUAACGGAACUGAUAGUACACAUGACAGUGCACACAUCCCGCAGCAGAUGCGCUCUAAAAAUGAAAUGUUAUUAAAUCCGUAGACAGAAAGGCGCGCCUUGGGAACAACUUGGGAGGCUGAGUGGCAUCAUUCUCAGCAGGACUUUAAAGCACUUUUUGGAAAGCUGAAGGAGAGAAAGGUAAACACCUUGCUCGGAGUGUGUGUUUUGUACUGUACUGUAUUGUAUUGUAGUGUGCAGGGAUUUAAUAGUUACCUGGCUCGUGGUUCUAACUGUGAUGUCUCGUGCGCACUGCGCCGGUUUGCGCGUCGCCUUUCAUAAACCUUUACUAAGCACAACUUUGUGACUUUGUGAUCCGUGUGACACAUCGCAUCAACAUGGCACUGACUGAAAACUGUAGGAUUUAUCAGGCUCCCAAAGACAGCGGCUCGACCCAAACUUCCGAUGUGAUCGAGCUGAAUGUGGGUGGACAGGUGUACUACACCCGGCGCGCCACCCUGACCAGCAUGCCCAACUCCUUACUGGCCAAAAUGUUUGCAUCCAAAAAGGACACAUCAGAGGACAUGGCCCGAGACACGAGAGGACGGUGCUUCAUUGAUAGGGAUGGAUUUUUAUUUCGAUACGUGCUGGACUACUUGCGAGACAAGCACGUCGUCCUUCCCGAUCACUUCCCGGAAAGAGGGCGGCUCAAGCGCGAGGCUGAAUACUUCCAGCUUCCAGAUCUGGUCAAGAUCCUCACAACUGAUGACCUUAAGCGACCAAACCAUGACGAAUACCCUCACAGUGAUUUAGAUGAUGUAUCUCAAGGCAGCGAUCAGAGGUCGUACCCGUCAUCCCACAGGCGCUACGGGUUCAUCACGGUCGCAUCCGCGCGCGACGCGUGCGUCUCAGACGUGAAAGGCACCAGACUGCCGAAACUUUUCGUCUGCGGAAGGAUCGCCCUGGCUAAAGAGGUCUUCGGUGAAGCGUUGAGGGAAAGCAGGGAUCCUGAGCGCCCUCCUGAGCGCUACACGUCCCGGUUCGUCCUCACUUUCGGGCACGCAGAGAGGGCGUUUGACCUGCUUGCGGAGAGCGGCUUCCGGCUGGUGGCGUGCAGCUCGGCGCUCACCUCUCCCCUUUACGCAUCGCAUACGGACAACAAGCAGUGGUGCAAGUGCACAGAGUACGUCUUCUACCGUAAGUCACUAGGCAGAGGGAUUUUUAAGAAAAUGUAUUUCUUUAAAGCUUUAGUAUCAUCAUCAUCAUCAUCAUCAUCAUCAUCAUCAUCAUCCAGCCAGAGUUGGCAGAUUUGGAUUGCAUGCGCCCAAUCCAUUUAAC